AUGGACGACCGGCCGGCGAGGCGGAUGCGGCUGGGGACCCGGUCGUGCGCCGAGUGCCGCCGCCGCAAGGUCCGAUGCGUCUUCGAGCCCAACAGCUCCAUCUGCCGCGGCUGCGAGCUGCACCAGACGCCGUGCCGCGCGCAGCAGCCCCGGGCGCGCGACGGCGACUCGCUGCUGCUGCGCCAGUCGCAGAUGCAGCAGCAGCCCGUGAGCAUGGCGCAGCUGCAGGCGCAGUCGCAGAGCCACGCCCAGCUGGCGGCGGACAACGCGGCCCUGCGCCGGCGCCUGGCCGAGCUCGAGGGCCUGGUCGGGAGCAUCUGCGACGCCAUCGAGCCGGCCGGCGGCGACGGCGACGGCGAGUCUUCUCCGGGGUCGUCGGGGGUUGCGGCGUCUACGGCUUCGGCUUCGUCGCCGCAUAACACCGCUUCCAACGACAUCAAUAGUAGGGCGAUCAAGGUCAUCAACAAGCUCCGCAGCCACGGCCUCUUACAGCCGGGCCCGGCCCAGGGUCUCGACUACAGCUCCCUCAAUGGCUUCGACCUCGGCUCUGUCAACAACUACACCAACUUCAACAGCUUCCUGGACAGCGCUGCCAACAUCCCCAACGCCUCCAACAGCCAGAGCAAGCCCAGCAACACAAGCAUCUCCGACAGCAUCCGCUCCUCAUCCUUUCGCUCUCCCUCGUCCCUCGACCGAGAUGUCGCCUCCUCCAGCCCUCCCGAAUCCGCCAUCUCCUCCGUCGACGCCCCCCUGAUCCACCUCUUCCGCGACGCCCUCAUGAUUCGCGACUCCGAAGGCGAGCUCUACGACGACCCCGAGGACCCGUCCGUCCUGCACCUCAUGAAGGAGUCCCUGCGCACCUUCAGGCCUCCCAUUCCCGACCCGGAAACCCUCCGCCUCGUGCUCGAGGACUCGCGCAAGUUCUGGUCCAUCUGGCCCCCCUAUUUCUUCGCUCCGGACCAGCCCACCACCAUGGAGGCCACCAGCACCGACGCCGCCGAGGCCUACUUUGCGCGCAUCCUCAGCGUGGGCCGCGGCAUCGAGUUUUGCUCCGCGAUGCUCUUCCUCACGCUGUGCAUCCAGCAGCUGCCGCGGCACUGGAAGCGCGUCAUCGUGUCGCCCAACAUCCCGCGCCAGACGCUCAUCGACGCCUACAUCCGCUUUGCAUGCGUCCUGCUGGCCGUUGAGUCGGAUGAGAGCGUCCUCGCCGUGCAGUGUUACCUGCUGCUGCACAAGAUCCUCAUCAACAUGGGCCGGCCGCAGCGAUCCUGGGUCGCCAUCCGCCACGCCAUCAGCGCCGCCACGCUCAUCGGCCUCGACAGGCUCGAUCCCGGCGCCAGCCUCCAGCGCAAGAUCCUCUGGACACACACCUGGAUGGUGGAACGGCAGCUCUGCAUCCUGCUGGGCUUCCCUUCAGCCGUCACAGCCCGGGGCACCAGAGACGAGGCCUCCCUCCUGGAGGUGCUCACUCCCGCGCAGAAUAUCCACCGUCGCCUCUGCAUCAUCAUGGGCCGCGUCAUCGAGCGCAACCAGAGCUCGCCGCCGGCUUCGUAUGCCGUCACGGUGCAGCUCGACCAGGACAUGGAGGACCUGAAGAAGACUUUCCCGCCCGAGUGGUCCGGCUAUUACGGCCCUCAGGCGACCACCGACUCCAUCUAUCACCAAGAGGCGGUCAAGGUCUUCUACUACUCGACGCUGAAGCAUAUCCAUCUCCCUUAUAUGCUCAAGGCCCGGUCCGACCGCCGCUACGAGCACAGCCGGCUGUCCUCGAUGGAAGCCUGCCGGGGGCUCAUCAAGAGCUAUCUCCGUCUCAGAGGGUCGUCCAAGACGGAGGUCAUUCAGUGCGAGAUUAUGGAUUUCAUCAUCUUCACCUCUGCCAUUACCCUGAUUCUGGGUAUCCUGACACCCGCAAGUUCAGCUAUAGAGGCGUCGUCGGCUUCAUCGACGACGUCUUCGCCGGCAUUGCUUACACAGCAUGCUGAGGAGUGGGCAAUCAUCGACAGGCUGAUGGGCGAGCUGCGCAAGACAAACGCCCUGCUGGAAUGCACCGUGGCCAAGCAAGCCGCCGAGGUGCUCGAGAGGCUGGUGGCUGCUGGCAAGGGGACGUAUUCCGCGCUCGAGGACUUUGCUGUCGUGGUGCCGUACUUUGGACGCUUGCGUAUAAGGGGACGAGGACUAGACGCAAGAGACACCACUCUCAACCCGAACCCUCUUCUCGAUACCUCCGCCAUCAACACAAACAGCAUCACCAACGACGCCAUCCAGACUUCUCUGUUCGACUCCAACGACGCUUUCUCCUCCAUCUCACUAUCUUCCCUUCAACCCAAAUCCAUGGCCGGUGAUCCUUACUACGCGUCUCGGCCAGGGAACACAAUUGAAUUCAGCUCAAACGACUUUCUCAACAGCACGUUCAGCGACUUUGAUUUCCAGAUGGAUCUCAGUCAGGACUGGUGCUCGAUUGUGGAUCCGGGGGGCUAUGACUGGGAUUACAUGGUCAACACGUGUCCUAUGAACUUUGAGUGUUGA